CAUGUCCGCGUCAUCCCCUCCUCCGCCCGACGCCGCGGCGGAGCCCGCUACAAGCGCGGGGCCGGAGGCCUCCGCCGAGCCCGCGGUGUUCUACUGCUACGAGUGCGACUCCACCGUCUCGCUCCCCGCUCCGGCCGCCACGCAGCCCUCGCGCCUCCUGCUCUGCCCUCGCUGCCGCAGCGACUUCCUCGAGGAGGACCCCAACCAGUCCAACUCGUCCCCUCCCCCCCCGCCGCCCCCUCCCCCAGGCUUCCUCUCCGACUCCUCCUCCGAGGAGCCCGAGGACCUCGACCUCGGGGUCGACCAGACCGCCGCGCGCGCCUACCUCAGCCGCCUCGUCCGCCGCCUCUACGACGAUCCCACCUCCGUCGCCACCGCCGCCGCCGCCGCGGUCUCCGUGCUCCAGCAGCAGGGCCACCGCGGCGCCGGGCAGGGCCUGCCCCCGGCCACGGCCGCCUCCAUCGCCGCCGUGCCCACGGUCGAGGUGUCCGAGACCGCCGAGGUCUGCGCCAUCUGCAAGGACGACCUCCCCCUCGCCGCCGCCGCGCGGAGGCUCCCCUGUGGCCACCUCUACCACUCCGACUGCAUCGUGCAGUGGCUGGAGAUGCGCAACUCCUGCCCCGUUUGCCGCUCCUGCCUCCCGUCCACCGACCUCGAGGAGGUGGAACCCUCGGAGCUGGAUCCGCCGCCCACGCGGAUCACUAUCCGGUUUACUACCAACCGCCGCUCCCGUGUCCGCGGUGCCAAUGGUGCGGUGGCUCCGGUUGCGACGUCCCCGACCCAGCUCGCCCAGGCCAUGACUGGGGAAGGAGGUGCUGGACCCGCGAAUAGCCAAGAAACCGUAUCGUCUGAAUGGCCACCGCCUCCUGAGUCUGAUGCUGCCAUGUCAGAGGCCCGUCAGGGUGAGGGCUUCUUUGAUUGAGCCAGAUGUUGAGUUUGCUGGUGAUAAGAUUAGCAGGUAACUGUUGUUAGCCAUCAGCCAAGAAGAGCAGAAAGAAGGUCGCCAUAAGCCUGCUCCUUCCGGUUUCUGCUUUUGAUCCGAACAGAUUGCCUCUGCCAAGUGUCUUUCUCGCGCAUGAUAGCAUGCUGUUACAUGGUGAAAGUUGUUCAUGCAGAGACUGGGAGUAUUCGUUCCAUUUCUUGUCAAUACCUUGUAUAUUGGUUAAACUUGUUUCUUGCGUAAUAAAUAUGUAAAAAUGGUACGUGUGUUACUUUACAUGGUACCCUUCGACUUGGCCUACGCUGGCAGGAUAAAGAUGGGAACCGUUGCUCAAGAAGAGGCCUUAUCUUUCUGAAGGGCGGGCAUGUUAGUUUACCUGAUAGGCGUUAGAUUGCUGAGAGAAAAUCCGGGUAGUUGUUUGGUGAAGCUAACAGUGUAUGGUGGAACUGUGGCCGAGCCAUAUCACAUCAUGCACAUCGUCAAAAAUUCUUUCCUGUUCAGUUCUGCUACUUGCAGAGGAUGUGCGAGAGAUCAAUUGUGAAAUUCACAUGCAAUGGUAAAGAGACGACAGGGCUUCUCCAUUUGUUUUUUUAUGCCUGUGUAUUUGUGUUGUCAAAUAGAAGUGCCAGUGAUCGUGCAAAUAGAAGUGCCAGUGAUCGUGCAAA